AAAUAUUUCUGGUUUUAAUGAAUCAGUGGAAAUUUGUUCGAAAUGCAGUUGGAUUGUUCGGUUCAGCAGUUCAUGAGGGAUAAACAAAAACUGGAACAGAAUUGGCCCCAAGAGCACUUAGAGAAGGAGGUCUCAUCUCUGCUCUUUAUAAUUUGGGUUGGGAAAUCAAUGAUAUGGGAGAUAUCUAAGGUAAAAAUUACAGAAUACACAAUCACAAAAGUCAAUAUUUUCGUAAUAGCUAAUAAGUAGGAAUUAUCAAUGGAGAGAUUAAUAAAAGGUCAUUUGAAAUUGCUAAAUAAAAUAAGUUUAUGCUUAAUAUAGGUGGAGAUCAUGGUGUGGCUAGUGGUUCUAUUCAUGGAUUACUAUAACAUUAUGGAGAUGAAUUAAGAGUUGUUUGGGUGGAUGCACAUGCUGAUUGCAAUUAUGAACUUGGACCAAAUAGAAACUAUCAUGGAAUGCCUUUAGCUCAUUUAUAUGGUUCCAUUCAUGAACCAAUCAAAGGCUUUGAGUGGUUAAAGCAUAGAUUAGACCCAAAAAAUAUCACUUAUAUUGCUAUUAGAGAUAUAGAUCCAAUGGAAAGAGAAUUCAUUAGAGAAUAAAAAAUAGUGUAUUAUGGAAUGGAUGAAAUCAUAGAAUUAGGAAUUGGAUAAGUUAUGAAUAGAAUUCUUAAAUAAUUUGAAGGAAAACCAAUCCAUGUUAGUUUUGACGUUGAUUCAAUCGAUCCUGAAUUUGCACAUGGAACUGGAACUUUAGUUGAUGGAGGAAUCUCAUACAGAGAAGCUCACUAUUUACUUAGAAAAUUAGCAUCCUCAAGAUAAUUAGUAGGAAUGGAUUUAGUUGAAAUUAAUCCACAAUUAGAGAAGACACCUGAAUUUAGAGAAGAGUUUUUCGGAGAUUUCUAAUAAGUAUCAUUAUUAUUAAUUAUUAGAUUGGUCGAAUUCAAGGAACACAAACAGUUGCUUUAGGAAUUGAAUUAAUAGCUUCUGCUUUGGGUAGAACUCUUGUCUUGUGA